GUGAUCCAAACCAGAAUGCCAACCAGACUGGAUCUGAAAAGCCGCGAGAUCAGAACAACUCAAGCAACUGAAUGAAGCUUGGUGAAAUAACCUUGAUAUCUCAUAUAAAGUAUAAACCCAUAUAUGUGAUGCCUAAAUCCUGAUUGUAACAGUAGGAGCAAUUCAGUUUUUCUAACAGCUUCAUUUGUUAAUUAUUUAAGGAGAAAAAGUACUCUUAUCAGUCACAUUUAUUAUAACCAGCAGAAACACUAACAUCUUCCUCAUCAUGACCAUAAAUAAUAACACCCUCCUCUCGUCUACUGCAUUGCAGUUUUCCAUUGAUUGAUUGGUUCUUGAGAGUAACUUUUUUAAUUUAUCAUCUAGUCUAAGUAGGAGUAAAAGUAAAGUUACAGUGACUUUUCCGCAAAGGAAAGUCACCCCAGCCAUUUCCCACUAUCAUCGGCCAAUUUUCUACAGUGUGAUGGCUUUUAUUAACCCAGAAACGACUUCGCUUCUUUGAAUAAUUUUUUUUGUCUCAAUUGGAAUUUUUUAAUCAAUUCAAACAGUUCACAACACACAAUUUCUUUUAUUUAUCAUUAAAUCAAUAAUUUUAUACAAGUAGUAGUAGUUUAUUAUAUACCAAGCAAGCACCACUUUUGGUAUUCAAAACAUCAUUUCAUUUCAGCUGUUGAUUUCUUCUUGUUCUUCUUCUCUGCAAUUUCAUCAAAUCUAAGCCAUGUCUUCUUCCAUUACUACUUAUUCAAAGAGGAAGAAGACCUACGAUGUCUACUUGAGUUUCAGCGCAAAAGUUCCAUCUACUUUUGUUCGGAAACUCCAUAAGGCUCUCUGUACAUAUGUUCCACGAACUCGUAUUUUCUUGGACCGUACGAAGCUUCUAAGUACAAAUUGGGAAACAACACCUUCAGAGUCAUUGCUUAUAAUUGAAAAGUGCAAAAUGGUUGUAAUCCUACUUUCAAGUAUUUAUAUGAGUUCACCAUCGUGUCUUGGAGAACUCGAGAAAAUAACUGAGUGUUGCCUAACCACAACUGAUCUUGUUGUUCUGCCUGUGUUGUAUCACUUCGACCAAAGAUUUCGAGGAGACAUGUUUCGAAAGGCUUUUCAUGAUUUUCUGGACAGAAUCCCUAUAAAGAAAAUAUCACCAGAAGAAGACAAUAUUAUGACUUGGGUGGAAGCGAUUACUAAAUCUACCCAAUAUCCAACAGAUUUCAUACCCACAGACAGGAACGAGUGUGACUGUGUCAAGAGUGUAGUUGAACGUGUUAUUUAUGCGCUAUACAAGAUAAGACCAGCAUUGUCAAGUACUUUCUAUACACCUAGUGUAAAAUCUGGUGUGCAAGACGUGCUUCAACUAUUGAAACAAUCAAAAUGCCCUCUCGUAAUAGGGAUUUGGGGGAUAGCUGGGAUUGGUAAAACAAGCAUUGCCAAAACCAUUUAUGAUAUGAUUGGUCCUUAUUUUGAGGGAAAGUGCAUGCUCGAUAAUGUUAGUGAAGUUUGGGAACGAUAUACUGGUCCAUUUUCUUUACAGGAAGAACUUCUUUUUUGUGUCAACAAUGCCACUGGAUUUGAAAAAGAGACUUUAAAAGGAAACCUUCAAAAUAAAAGGGUACUUCUUAUACUGGAUGAUGUUAAUAAAUUGGAGCAGCUAAAUUCUUUGUGUGGAAGUCGUGAAUGGUUUGGUGCAGGUAGCAAAAUAAUCAUCACGACAAGAGAUAGACAUCUACUUAAGGAGUAUGGAGUUGAUCAUAUAUAUACAAUGAAACAACUGGACCAAAGUGAAUCGCUUGAGGUUUUCAAGUGGGGUGCAUUCGGCAACGAAACAACUCUUCCAGAAGAUUUUGCUGAACUUUCCAGACAGGUAGUUGCUUAUUCUGGGGGAUGGCCUCUUGCUCUUAUAACCCUAGGGAGGCUUUUGCGUGGAAAGGAGGCCCUUCAGUGGAAAGGUGUGUUAUGGAGUCUCAAAAAUAUGUCCAUUCCAGCUCCACGACUACUGAAUAUCCUAGAAAAGAGUUUUAACGAGUUGAGUGAUAACGAGAAACAAACAUUCCUUGAUAUAGCAAGUUUCUUUAUCGGGAAGAACCAAAAUGAUGUACUUCAAACAUUAAAUAGAUCAACGCAAAGCCCAACUCUUCAAGUAAGCCUUCUUCAAAAUAAGAGCCUUGUAACCAUUGAUGAGAAUAACAAGCUUCAAAUGCAUGUUCUGCUUCAAGCUAUGGCAAGAGAUAUCAUUAAUAGGGAAUCCAGAAGUAGAACUAUUCAGCCAAAGAUGUAUGACGUGUUCUUGAGUUUUAGAGGGGAAGACAGUCGUGCAAAGUUCAUGUCACAUCUCUAUUCUUCUCUUCAAGAUGCAGGUAUAUAUGCUUUCAGAGACGAUGAUGAGAUUCAACAUGGAGAUCAGAUCUCAAUCUCACUUUUGCGAGCAAUUGAACAAUCUAGGAUUUCUAUCGUUGUUUUGACUACAAACUAUGCUAAUUCAAGAUGGUGCAUGCUAGAGUUGGAAAGAAUCAUUGAAAUUAGCAAAGCCAAUGGUUUGGAUGUUGUGCCAGUGUUCUAUGAGGUAGAUCCCUCAGAAGUACGUCAUCAGGAAGGUCAGUUUGGGAAAGCUUUUGAAGAACUUAGAUCAACAACCUCAGUGAAUGAAUCCACAAAGACUAAUUGGAGAAGAGACCUCUUUGAUAUUGGAAGCAAGGCAGGGUUUGUACUCAAAGAUUCAAGGAAUGAAAGUGAAGAUGUCAAGAAUAUUGUUGAAAGUGUCUCCCGUUUGCUAGAUAGGACAGAGUUAUUUGUUGCUGAACAUCCAGUAGGUGUAGAAUCCCGUGUGGAAGCAACAACUAAACUAUUAAAUAUCCAAAAAUCAGAAGAUGUUUUAAUUCUUGGAAUAUGGGGAAUGGGGGGCAUGGGUAAGACAACCAUUGCAAAAGCAAUUUAUAAUCAAAUUGGAAGCAAAUUUGAGGGAAAGAGCUUCCUUCUGAAUAUAAGGGAAAUUUGGGAGACAGAUACUAAUCAAGUUUCUUUGCAGCAACAAGUACUCUGUGAUAUUUACAAAACAAUGACAUUCAAGAUACGUGAUAUUGAAUCUGGGAAAAAUAUCUUGAAGGAAAGACUUUCCCAAAAUAGGGUACUUUUUGUACUUGAUGAUGUGAAUGAAAUAGACCAAAUAAAUGCUUUGUGUGGAAGUCGCGAAUGGUUUGGUCCAGGGAGUAGAAUAAUCAUCACAACAAGAGAUAUGCACAUUCUUAAUUCAUGUAGAGUCGAUCAUGUGCAUAGAAUAGAAGUAAUGGACGAAAGUGAAUCUCUUGAGCUUUUCAGUUGGCAUGCAUUCAAGCAAUCAAGUCCCACAAAAGAUUUUGCUACACAUUCAAUAGAUGUGAUUGCUUAUUCUGGGGGACUGCCACUAGCACUUCAAGUCCUUGGGUCUUAUUUGUCUGACUGUGAAAUACCAGUGUGGCAGAAAGUUUUGGAAAAACUAAAAUGUAUCCCCAAUAAUGAAGUACAUAAGAAGUUAAAAGUAAGUUUCGAUGGCUUAAAAGAUAUCACAGAGAAACAAGCAUUCCUUGAUAUAGUUUGUUUUUUUAUUGGAAUGGAGCGAAAUGAUGUAACACAAAUAUUAAAUGGGUGCGGAUAUUUUGCUGAUAUUGGAAUUAAAGUUCUUAUAGAGCGAAGCCUUGUAACAGUUGACAAUAGGAACAAGCUUCAAAUGCAUGAUUUGUUAAGAGACAUGGGAAGACAAAUAAUUUAUGAGGAAUCACCGUUUGAUCUUGAGAAGCGCAGUAGGUUGUGGCGUCCUGAAGAAGUGUUUGAUAUACUAUCAAAGUAUACGGGAACAAAAGCUGUCAAGGGACUGGCUUUAGACUUUCCAACAAAAAACAAAGUUCGUAUAGAUACCAAAGCAUUUAAGAAGAUGAAUAAACUCAGAUUGCUUCAACUUGCUCGGGUACAACUUGAUGGAGAUUUUAAUAAUCUUUCAGGAGAACUUAGAUGGCUCUACUGGCAUGGUUUUCCAUCAGCUUCUAUUCCUGUAGAAUUGCAAAAAGGAAGUCUAGUUGCUCUGGAGUUAAAAUAUAGUAAUCUCAAAUAUACAUGGAAGUGCUGCCAAAAGAUGUUAGAGAAUCUAAAAAUUCUUAAUCUUAGCCAUUCUCUAGAAUUGACUGAAACCCCAAACUUUAGUUACAUGCCUAAUUUGGAAAAGAUAGUACUUAAAGACUGUCCAAGUUUAUCUUCCGUCUCUUAUACCAUUGGAGAUCUCGAUAAACUUCUUCUUAUAAACUUGACAGACUGCAGAGGUCUUGGGACACUUCCGAGAAGCAUCUAUGAUUUAAAAUCUCUAGAAACUUUGAUUCUUUCUAGAUGUUCCAUGAUCGACAAGUUAGAGGAGGAUUUGGAACAUAUGAAAUCGUUGACAACCUUAAUUGCGGAUAAGACUGCUAUAACACAAGUGCCAUUUUCAAUAGUAAGAUCUAAAAGCAUUAAAUAUAUUUCUUUACCUGGCUUUGAAGGAUUUUCACGUGAUGUAUUUCCUUCUCUCAUUCUGUCUUGGAUGUCACCGUCAAAUAAUGUGGUAUCCUUAGUUCAAACAGCCGGUUCCAUGUCAUCUAUUGGUCUUUAUGUGAAAUGUGGUUCAAAACUGCAACUGUCUCAAGAUGUAGCAAGAAUUUUGGAAGCAUUGAAAGCCACAAAUUGUCAGAAAUUGGAAGCAAGUGCAAGUUCAACUCCAGUACAUAUCUCUGAUAUCUAUCCUUCUAGUUUGAUUAACGAUUACAUUGGUCAAGCUUCCACUUCAAAGUCAAAUAAUUACUUGAAAUCUUUCUUGAUUCAAAUGGGAAUGAAACUCCACGCCACCAAUAUUGUCGAAGACAACAUUUUACAGACUGCGGAUGGAAUUUGGAAUCGAAUUUUGCUCCCAUGUUACAAUAUAUCUGAUUGGUCAACCUUCAGUAGUAAAGGUUGUUCUUUAAUAUUUGAUGUCCCAACAAUGAAAGGAAGUAACCUGAAGAAUAUGACGUUGUUCGUUGUCUAUUACUCUUCCUCGGACAACAUAGCAUCAGAAGGUUGUCAAGGUGUGUUGAUCAUAAAUUACACAAAGACAACCAUUCAGGCCUAUACAAAAGAUGCACUUACCUCCUUUGAGGAUGAAGAUUGGAAGAGCAUAACAUCAAAUCUAGAAUCUGGUAACAAUGUAGAGAUUAUGGUUGUUUUGAGGGAGGGAUUCAUUGUUGAGAAGACUACGAUAUCUCUCUUAUAUGAUGAACCGGUCGACAAAGAAAUGGAACACUGCAAUGCAAUAUUCGAGGAGAGUGUUAUUGCUUUUAGUGACGAUGAUAAGAAUGUUGGUGUUUCUGGUGGUGAUAAUAUUGAUGUCCCAAUGGACGACAUUGUUACCAGUUCAGAGCAAGAUGAAGCUUUAAGUGAUGAUAAGCAUGGGCAGGCAAUGAGUAGAAAAAGAAAGUGAGAUCAUUGUAAUGGGAUACUAGGUUGAGAAAGUGUAGCAAGUAAGAGGCCAGUUCAUAUACCCUUAACUUUCCUCCUAAAGCUGAGUAUAGUUUACUUGGUUUUUAGUGUUGCAUCAAGUGUUUUUUGAAAUAUUGUAAAAUAGAUUUUUUUUAUAUAUAUUAAAAUUCUCACUACAGUACUAAAAUAA